AUGGCAAUUUUUCGAAAUAAAAAAAAGAAUUCAUCAGAUUCAAAAUCAAAUAAAUAUUUAUCAUCAUCAUCUACAUCUAUUAUUAGCAGCGAUAGUAAAAAAAGCAAGCCAUCAAAUGAAGAAAUUGAUCGACUAUUCGAGGAAGUAGCCUCACGACUAGAUAUCAAUAUUAACGAUGCAAAUGUUAGGGAAUUAACGCCAGAAAAGAAAUGGUUUAUUCUUUGUAAUGAAAGCGCUUUAAUAUCUAUGGGAACAGUUGUUAGUAAAAAGAAUCCAAAUAAUCGAACCUCUGCUAUUACUGCUUAUAAUAACAAUAAUAACAGCAAUAACAACACUAAUAGUUAUAAUAGUAAUCAUAGUCAAAAUAGCACCAUUACAGCGAAUGAAUUUUCGUCCAUAUCAUCCACAUCAUCAUCAGAUUAUUUAUUAACACCUAAUUAUUAUAUAAAAUCAUUCACUAGAAGAGAAUCAAAAUCCCAAGUUCGUUCAAAGUUAGUUUCCGAUCUUUCUGUUAGAUUAAGGACAAUGCCUAUCAGAUGGGUUCAGGAAUUUAUCGAACAAGAUGGUAUUAAUAGUUUAUUUGAAGAGCUAUCAUAUAUCAAUAAGAAUGACAAUAGAAAUCAACGAGAUUGUCAACUAGAACUUGAGAUAAUCAAAUGUCUACGACAGUUAUUUAAUAAUUAUUAUGGUAUUCAACAAGUUAUUAGUGAGCCAAGUUAUAUUAUCACCUUAACUCAAUCUAUUUUAUCACCUUCUUUGCCAAUACAAAGACUUGUUUGUGAUGCAUUAACAUUUAUGUGCUAUUUUGAACAACCUAAGGGGCAUAACAUGGUUCUACAGGGCAUGGAUACGAUCAAAAAAACUAGAAAUGAUUAUGGUCGUUUUGAUUCAUGGCUAAGGAAACUAUGUCUUAUCUUGGACGGAAGAGGGAAAAUGGGAACAAUUGUAGGAGCUAGUAUGGAUGUUCGACAAAUAGUUUCGAAAAAUAAUUCUGAUAUACCCAUUAUGGAACAUGCACUAGCAAACCUUUUAUUAAUUCUAGCUAUUGUAGAUCCAGAUACAGUGGAAGAUAAGGAUGAUCGAAUAAUCUUACGAAAUCAACUUUAUCAAGCAGGGCUUGCCCAAAUUUUUGAAAAAAUGCAAUCCUUCAAUAACGAACUCAUUAAUUUAAAAUUAGAGGAAUUUAAAGAGUUAGAGGAUAGUGAUGCUAUAGCUCAUAUGGUUCAAGGAAAUGGUACAGAAGAACCAACAGAAAUUUUAGAUAAAUUAGCUUCCACUAUAAGAGGCACUAGAGCAUAUGAUCAUCUACAAUCUAUAUUACUACAAUUAUCACUGAUUCAGUCGGAUUCUCCAGAGACACGAAAUCGAUAUUACCAACUUGUAGAACAUUUUGUCUCACAAAUCACGCUUGAUAGAAAUGGUCAUUCAAAUAACUCUUUCUCACAUGUUUAUGGUAUGACAGUAAAGGAUUUGAUAUCCAAAUUUGCAGAAGAAGAUGAAUUAGAAAUGGCCCUGCAAGAAGCUGAUGAAGCAAGGGAAAUAGCUGCUAAGGCUCUUGAAAGAGAAGCAGAAUUAAAAAUUCAAUUAGAUUUAAAAGCAGAUGGCCUUGUUGGAAAAUAUCGAUUAAAGAAUGAAGCAUUAGAGCGUGGUUUACGCGUUGCUAAUCAAACAAAUGCUGUAUUACAACAAAGGCUUAAUGAUAUCGAGAAGGAACAUAAAAAAACUUUGGAGACAAUGGAUAACCAAAUAAAAAGACUCUAUGAGACAGUCUGCAUUUUAGUUUCAAAGAACACUGAAAAGAACACUCAAAGUGAAUCCUUUGAAGUGAUUAAAUCAAAAAUUAGUAAAAGCGUUGAGCAACAACUUACAUCGAAAUCAUUGUCAGUAUCAAGGAAAGAACAUAAAGAUUCAAAGCCGAAUCAUGUUGAUAAGAAAUUUAAAAAUAUACCUCAGACACCUUCUAGUAACUCUAAUAAGGCCUUAAAAUUAAAAUUGUUACCGGAGACACCCACUUUAGAACCAAUUAAUUUACAAGAAUUAGGAAUUCCACUACAAACGACUCAAUCAAACGUCAACGAAGAUUCUAAUUCUUCUUCUACUGCAAUACUACCUACUCCUCCAUCAGCUUCUCCUAAACUAAUACCAACCAAUAUACCAUCUAAUAUAGACACUUUAUCAUCAUCACCACCACCACCACCACCACCACUUCCUCCUAUACCAACCAUGCCUUCUAAGCCAGUAUCAUCUUCUUCUCCUCCAACAAAUGAAGCCGCACCACCACCACCACCACCGCCGCCGCCACCACCACCUCCUCCUUUAGCAUCUUCUUCACUUCCACCACCGCCACCACCACCACCUCCUUCAACGUCUUCUUCACUUCCACCGCCACCACCGCCACCUCCUACAGUAUCUUCCUCGUUACCACCGCCGCCACCACCAGGCGUACCUGGGGUCUCAUCGUUACCACCACCACCACCACAACAACAACAACAACAGCCCUCUCAUCAAUCCAAAACAAAGCUUAAGUUUGUAGAAUGGGAAAAGAUUAACCGUCGCCAACUCAGUGAUACUAUUUGGGAACAUUUGAAUGACGAAAGUGAUGAUGAUGACAACAGUGAUGAGACUGAUGACGCUGUGUCAUUAUUUAAUCCACAUGAUCCACAAUCAUUAAUUGUCACUAAACUCUCAAAGGCUGAUGUAUUUACAACGAUUGAAAAGACCUUUGCCCAGAAACCUGUUACAAAACGUCACAUAAUCAAACAAGAUGAUCAGAUUGAGUUAUUAGAUGAACGAAAGGCUCACACGAUGAAUAUUUUCAUAACAAGUUUACCUAAAGAAAUAGAUAUAAAUAAGCUAGAUGAGUAUUUGAGAUCAUUUAAUUCGACUUUGAUGGAAGAACACAUGUUGGAAAGUUUGACAAAAUUUGCACCCCAACUAGAUGAGCAAAAGAAAUUAAAAUCAUAUACAGGUGAUGUACAAAAACUUUCAAUGCCUGAUAAACUAUCAUUACAGAUGAUGAAAAUACCACAAUUCAAAUUACGUGUGCAAUGCCUUUUAUAUAAAGUAACAUUUUGGGACAAAGCAUAUCGAGUAGAAAAAGAAUUAAAGGAUAUUUUAUUAGCUUCAAAUUCGUUAAAAAAUGCUAAAAGAUUUAAACAAUUAUUACACAUGAUUCUUGUUUUGGGAAAUUAUAUGAAUGGGAACACUAGUAGAGGAGGCGCUGCAGGUAUUAAGAUUUCAAGUAUUAACAAGAUUAUUGACACAAAAGGAUCUACAUCAACUACCUUAUUACAUUUCCUCGUUGAAACGAGCGAAAAGAAUUUCCCCAAGGUUCUUGGAUUUUUAGAUGAGUUAGAAUACUGUAAAGAAGCAUGUAAAGUGAAUAAGACGGAAUUAAUGAGUGAAUUCUCUAGUAUGAAAAAGGGUCUAAGUCAGUUUGAUAUGCUAUCUAAUGAAGAUAAUGAUUCAUUCAUUCAAGCUUUAAAAGAGUUCCAAAAGGAAGCAACUCAUAAAUUUAAUAGUAUUGAAAAAUUACAACAAGAGUCAGAAGUUGCUUAUGAAAAAUCUGUCUCAUUUUAUGGUGAAAAUCCACAAAAGAUGCAACCUAACGAGUUUUUCAAGAUCUUUCAAAUCUUUACUAAUAGUUGGCAGAAAUGCCAAAACGAUUUGAAGCUAUUAAAACAAACACGUGAACGCAUCGAAGCACAAAAGAAGCAUGAAAUGGAACGUAGAAACCAAGCACGUAAUGGAGCUCAAUCUAAAGGAAAAGGCAUUGAUAUGAGUGACUAUACCAUGAAUACACAACAAGAUUUAAUUAUGGAGUCUUUAUUUGAAAAACUGUUGAUGAGUCGUAAAGAAUAUAAAACAAAAGAGAAACGACAAAAAUUAGAACAGCAAAAAUUGAAGCCUAUAAUAUCAAGCACAUGUGAACAUGGCCAUCUGUGGAUCAAUACUUUUUGGAAGAUGGAUAAUCAAACUAAUAUUUGGAGAAUUAUGGCCAAUGGAAAGUCAAUGAUAUUUAUUGGAGCAGUGAUGGAUCCAGUAUGGAGACAUAUAUUACGAUUAUCCAUGUGGAUUGGUUUAUUAGGAUUUAUGCGAAUUUUCAGUUUACUUGGUCGAGAUAGAUUAGAUAAUUUUUUACCAGUUGUAUUGGAUACUAUACAAGUAUUGAUUAAAUAUAUAACGCACUUAUUAGAUCAAUGGAGAGAAAAUGGAUUUGAAAGUAAACGAUUAAUCAACUAUUAUACUGAAUUAAGCGCUGAUGUACUUAUACUUGGUUGUACUUUAUUACAAUAUUUACAAUUAAUGUGGAUGCAUGGCAUUUCAUUUGGAUUAGUCGAUAUUGUCUUAUUCUUAAAUGUAAGAAGUGUAUUAAAGAACUUGCAUAGUAAAGUUAUUACUUAUCGUGAAAGAUGGAAAGCUAUGUCAUAUGUUCGAGAUCGAUAUGUUGAUGCUUCUGCAGAAGAAUUAUUAAAUUAUAAUGAUGACUGCGCUAUCUGCAGAGAGAAAAUGAAGACUGCAAAGAAACUUGCUUGUGGCCAUUUAUUUCAUCUACAUUGCUUACAUUCUUGGAUACAGCAUCAUGUUUCAAAACCAACUUGUCCAACUUGUAGAAGAUCUUUAUCACCGCCAACUGUUAAAGAAGCAUCUAUUUCAAAGUAA